GCAGCGUUUUCGUACUGGCUUCAUCAGAAACGCGAUCUCGUUCGGUUCUUCGGUGUGUUGUGCAAAAAUAUCGUAAUUUUCGCUGAAAAUCGGUUCAUUUGCGUCCUCUUGCCGCUCGUGUCGGAAAUGAUACGCAACGGGUGACGCGAUUCCGUCAGGAAAGUGACCGAAAGGUGUUGAUCAAGCAGUGAAAAGUGGAAUUUUGUUCGUGCGAUUUAUCGCCCCCAAGGUGGAAAAAUAAAAAUCCCGACCGCCAGAGUGACAGCUGAACGAUUUGUUUUUGGUGCAGGAUUGUCAUCUGCUUCGUUUGGAUUUUGGAUUGUUGUGACUCUCGGGUGUUGAAAGUGAAAGAAAAAAAAAAGCAUACUUUUAUCUGCAGUUAAUUCGGUGUUGUUGCGUGUCCAAUUAAACGGUGGUCACCAUUUCGAAGCAUAAACUAGAACCGUUCGGUGGUGGAGGUGGCGGAAGUGCAAGUCGUGAUCUCUCCGGGAAGCGACUGAUAUUGCGGAACGUAGCAGCAAUUGGUGGAGCGGAAGGCAAACAGAAAGCGGAAGAAGAAGCAGCACCGCUGGUAGUCGCCAUGAAUAUGACCGAAAACGAUCGGAAACGGGCCAACUUUUCAGCGCUCAGCAACACGAACGGAGCGGUUAUCAAGAUGACCACCAACACGGGAACGGGAAAGCCAGGGGACAUCAAGAAGAUCGUCAUCAAAAACUUCAGAGCCAAGCCGACCCUGCCAGAGAACUAUCAGGAGCACACAUGGCAGAAGCUGCGGGCGGCCGUGGUCGCCAUCCAGACGUCCACACCGAUCGAAUACUCGUUGGAGGAAUUGUACCAAGCCGUGGAGAACAUGUGCAGCCACAAGAUGGACUCGCAGUUGUAUGUCAAUCUGACGGCGUUGGCCGAGCAGCACGUCAAGGCAAAUAUCACUCCGUUCCUUGCCGAGUCGGUCGAUAAGUUGGUCUAUCUGAAAAAGAUGAACGAAUGCUGGCAAUCGCACUGUCAGCAAAUGAUCAUGAUUAGGAGCAUCUUCCUGUAUCUCGACAGAACGUACGUCCUGCAGAAUCCCACAGUUCACUCAAUUUGGGACAUGGGCUUGGAGUUGUUCCGGGAUCAUAUAGCAAUGAACACAUUGGUACAGGCCAGAACAGUGGAAGGCAUUCUAAUUCUGAUAGAAAAAGAGCGAAAUGGAGAUACAGUCGACAGAACUUUGCUGAAAAGUCUUCUCCGAAUGCUGUCUGAUCUACAGAUUUACAAGGAAGCUUUCGAGCAGAAGUUCCUCAUUGCAACGAAACACCUCUACCAGUCGGAGGGGCAAGCAAAAAUGGAAGAGCUCGAAGUUCCAGAAUACCUACAGCACGUGGAGAAACGACUGCAAGAAGAAAACGAACGUCUUCUUCACUACCUAGACAGCUGUACGAAACAUCAGUUGAUCGUAACAGUAGAACGACAACUCAUCACCGAACACAUAACCGGAAUUCUGCAGAAAGGUUUAGACCAGCUUUUAGAGGAGAACCGCUUGUCGGAUCUCAGUUUGUUAUAUUCACUGUUUUCCCGUGUGAAAAACGGAACGACCGAACUCUGUGCAUCCUUCAAUGCCUACAUCAAAAAGAAGGGUCGCACGAUCGUCAUCGAUCCGGAGAAGGACAAAUCCAUGGUUCAGGACUUGCUGGAUUUCAAGGACAAACUGGACAACAUUGUCAUCACGUGCUUCGAACGGAACGAUAAGUUCUCCAACUCCCUGCGGGAAGCGUUCGAGUACUUCGUCAACCAGCGCUCGAACAAACCGGCGGAACUGAUAGCCAAGUACGUGGACAUGAAGCUCCGCGCCGGCAACAAGGAAGCCACCGAGGAAGAGCUGGAGCAGAUCCUGGACAAAAUCAUGGUUCAGUUCCGGUUUAUCCACGGCAAGGACGUGUUCGAGGCGUUCUACAAGAAAGAUUUGGCCAAACGGUUACUCGUGGGCAAAUCUGCUUCGGUGGACGCCGAGAAGAGCAUGCUGUCGAAGUUGAAGCAGGAGUGCGGCGGCGGGUUCACUUCCAAGCUGGAGGGCAUGUUCAAGGAUAUGGAACUGAGUAGAGACAUCAACAUCGCAUUUAAGCAGCACAUGGGCAACUCGGAGAACAAGGACUUGCAGAGCAUCGACCUGACGGUCAACAUUCUGACGAUGGGCUUCUGGCCGACGUAUCCGGUGGUGGAGGUCACACUGCCCCCAGAGCUGCUCCAGUACCAGUCAGUGUUCAACAAGUUCUACCUGGCGAAACACAGCGGGCGCAAGCUGCAGUGGCAACCAACGCUCGGACACUGCGUACUGAAAGCACGGUUCGAUGCGGGACCUAAAGACUUGCAGGUGUCAUUGUUCCAAUCGUUAGUUCUGCUGUUAUUCAACUACAAUCCCACUAUAUCGUUCGAAGAUAUUAAGGCGCAAAUAAAUAUAGAAGACGGUGAAAUGCGUCGCACACUUCAGUCGCUGGCCUGCGGCAAGGCACGCGUUCUCACAAAGAUUCCCAAAGGUCGCGAAGUAGAGGACAACGACAAGUUCCAGUUCAACAAUGAAUUUACGAAUAAGCUCUUUAGGAUUAAAAUCAACCAGAUCCAGAUGAAGGAAACGACGGAGGAACAGAAAGCCACAGAAGAACGCGUCUACCAGGACCGACAGUACCAGAUCGACGCAGCGAUCGUACGCAUUAUGAAGAUGAGGAAAACGCUAAGCCACAAUCUACUUAUCAGCGAGUUGUACAAACAGCUGACCUUCCCAGUUAAGCCGGCUGACCUGAAAAAGCGAAUCGAAUCCCUGAUCGAUCGCGACUACAUGGAACGGGACAAGGACAACCAAAACCAAUACAACUACGUUGCCUAAAUCUAGAACCCUAGAACCGUAAGUACAUACCGAUGAUCUUGGCUAGCAACAGAGGAUGCUCAAGGCUUCCGUGUCCAUUCUUUUAACAAUUAAGUCGUUAAUCUGUUUUAAGGAUUCGUAAGCCAACGCAUCUAUCCUCUGCAGAGGCGACUCCCAACCCGACCGACGACGUACUGACGUAGCUAUCUGAACCUCCUAAUUUCAGUGAAACACAGUGUACUGUACAAGCUAGAACCUAGCGGUGUGUUGACACACUGAAACAAAAUAUCUUUUGUAAAUACUUUGAACCUUUAAACAACAAAAUAUGUUUGCUAGCGUUAACAACAGAAGUAAUAAGGAAAGUGGUAAGAUCGAAUAAGGUUACACACACAUACUAGCGACUCUUUGAAAUUCAAGGAAAACUUUGCAAAAAAAUCGAAAACUUGAACAUGCUGUAAUUUAAAAACCUUUGCCGAACGAAUGAAAAUCAAUAAAAAUGGGAAAAGUA